AUUCUUUGGUAUAUUCUAAUUAAUCUGUGGCCUGAGUAAAUAUGUUCCUUGAUCUGUGGUUAUUUACAAAAAAAAGAUGUUUGUCUCGAUUGUGUCAGUUUGUGUUUAUUAAUUAAUUUUAGUUUCUGAGAAUAAAAUAAAGCUAAAGAAUCGAAUUUUACAUGGAAUGUCAGUAUUGGCUUUAUAUUUUAUAAUAAAUGCACAAUGAACUUUAUUUUAUUAUGUGAAAAACAGUACGUGAGAAGAAAGUGAAGAUUUGUAAAACUUCUUCGUAUAAUAACUUUACAAUGGAUAUACCAGUACAAAUAGCCAUUCGGCUUAAACCUCCGAGUCUUGCAGACUCAUUACAGUGCAUAUUUAGUAAUCCAGUAACGCAAAUUGUUAUAACAGAGAGUGGUCAAACGUUUCACGUAAACAGAGCACUGCCAGUAGAUUGCACACAAGCCCAUCUGUUCAAUUCUUUUAUGAUACCACAAAUAAAUUGUUUUCUGGAUGGUUGCGAUACGUCUGUUAUUGUUUUCGGGCAACCGAAGUCUGGUAAAACUUACACCUUGUUUGGCUCAGGUUUUGAAUGUAUCCACAGUGAAUGUGAUCAAGGGAUAGUUCCCAGAUUUUUAUCAGAAAUAUUCCAUAGACUGGGUCAGAUGCCAGAAAGAGAGUAUAUAUUACACAUUACAUGGAUGCAAGUAGUAAAUAAUAACAUAUUUGAUGUUUUGGGCGCUGGUUUGGUGAGGUGCACAAAUGUAGAAGAGGCUUUCCAGUACCUGCAAUUGGGAUGGCGACAGAGAUGUCUCGGAAACAACCAUACUGUCUUCACCGUUAGUAUGGAACAAAAAUGGGUGGGAACUAACGGUAUACUCAACCACAGAAUGUCUACCGCCAGCUUCUGUGACUUGGCAGCUUAUCCUGAACCAGGCCUAUUUGCAUUAGAGAAUAUUAUAAAGGAACUAGUGUCUGGAAAUCCACCCAAACAAAUAAACUAUGAUAGAUGUAUAUUGACCGCUAUGCUAAGGGACUCGUUUGGUGGGAGAGCAUUCACUUGGGUCAUAGGAUGUAUUAGUACAGAGCCUGACGAUUAUCAAGAUACACUGAAAAUUCUCAACUUAUGCUUGUUUUGUAGAGGUAUCAAGAAUUUUGUAACUGUAAAUCUGUUUGCUGACAAUAACACACCUGUGUAUUCGGACAAAGGUGUUUUACCAACAGACAAUGCAUUCAAUUUACAAUUUGCUACUACGCAGUGGAUAAAGCUAGUAUCAAAUGCUGAAGGGCUUUUUAAUAAAAUUUUACAGUCAAAAUCUUUGUCUGAAACUGAUAUGAACCAAGUGAGUGAAUGGCUGUUUUUGAAGGCUGAGUGUGAUGAAUGCUUAAAUAGUGAUAUGACUACUGACAAUAAGGAAACAGGUACUAAACAAGGUCUACCUAGAAUAGCAGAAGAUACAGAACCUAGUGAGCCGAGUGAGUCAGAUGUUGAAUCUGACAGCGAAGAUUCUGACUCUGAGACAGUUUUCCAAGAUAAACUUGAAAAAUUAAUGGACUAUUUCAGAGAGAAAAAUGAUCAAUUAUUUGCUGACAGGUGUGAAGAAUACUUGAAUCACAUUGACUCUGAUGAUAUAACUAUUUCAGAAACUAGUGGAUCACAAUCAUUACCUAUUAUGACAUCACAGUCUAAUUCUGGGCGCAGAAGGACUAUCCAGCCUGGAGAAAGUAUCUCUGGAGCUCAGUUGGAGCUUCUAAGAAAAGUAGCUGCUAAAGCAAUUUCACCAGAAUCUCAGAAAAUCAUUAUAGAAUCUCACAAAAAAGAAAUAGACCCUGAACCAAAGUUGAUUGAAAGAGAACUACUUAAGAUGAUUGACUCUCCAAAAAUGAAUGAAAUAUGUAAAAAGUAUAAACUAACUAAAGAGAAAUACACACAAAAACAAAUCUUAGCUAGAAAGUUGUCAAAAGAAAUCAGUAGUAGUCAAACACAGCUGAAAGAACUAAUAAAUCUUUGUAUAGCCAAACAAAGGUUGAUUGAUGAUCUAUGUAAGACAUCAGAAAAAAACAAUAAGGCAUAUCUAGAAAAAGUUGACAUCAGCUUAACAGAACAUGAUACCACGAGAGAAAUCAAAAGACAUGAAAUAAAUUUAAAAACUUAUAAGAAACAAAUAGAACAAAUUAAGAGGCAAAUUAAAAAGGAUGAAAAGCGAAAAAAUACUUUAGACAUAGAACUUCUUAAAGAUAAGUUAAAAUUAGAUGAGCUGUCCGAGUCUUCUGUUGAUACGAAGGACAGGAAAACACAUUCAAUAAAACAUUUCACUCAUAGGAUAUCACAGUUAGAUAGUAUUUUAAAGGAGAAAAAUAAUGAUCUAGCAAAUUUAGAUUUAUCAAAAGAAAAAGAGUUGAUGUUACGAAAAGAGAUAAAAAACUUACGAAAAACAAGAGAAUGUUUACAUGAACAACGCUGUAGUUUAGGCCAUAAGAGGAAAAUGUACAAAUCAUUAUCAGACUCUGAGGAGCGCAAGAUACUUGAAUGUGAAGAGGCAAUAGAAGCAAUUGACACUGCAAUAGAAUAUAAGAAUAAUUUGAUAUGUGGCAAGUCACCGUCAGCCUCUCUGUCCGACUCACAAGACAACAAGGACUCCAGGAGUAGAGGGGAGCAAAUGUUGAUGGCUAGACUGGAUAAGUUGUCACACGAUGAAAUGAAGACAUUAUUAUAUAGAUAUUUUCAGAAGGUGGUUGAUUUGCGAGGAGCAUGUGCGGCCUUGGAAGCAGGCGCGACCGAAGCCGCGGAGGAGGCCGCGGCGUGGAGAGCGCGCGCCGCCGCCGCCUGGCGACACGCGCAGCGCGCGCGCCCUCUACCGCACAGGUGUCUAGAUGGAGGCAACGCGGAGCGGGCGCUGAUGCUCGGCAUGACGACAGACUCGGAGACGUCGGACGACGCGAUGCGAUUGGUGGAUCGCGUGCGGCAACUCGCCAGGAAUCCACCGGCUCCGGUAAUUCCCAGACAGAACCUGAGACAGCUCAUGCCCGCUACCAACAUACCAGUGGCGAAAGUUACAAAGGAAAAGAACAAGUUGGUGAUCGUCCAACAGAACAAGAAAAACUGAUAUUGGCUCAUCUUUUUAUGUUUGUCGCUCAACAUUAUUUUAGUUCUCACCAUAUAUUUAUUUCUACUUCUUGUUUUCGACCAGAUUUAUUUCUUUACUAGUAAUAUGCAGCAAUCUUCGUUGCUUUGAAUACGAGGUGUAUUGCUCCCGUACAAAAACAUACUCCUGCAGGGAACUAUUAAUAAUAGUUGCAAAAUAGUGUGUUGCAGCGUCAGUGCAGACUAAAAUAUUUCUUAACAUGUUCAGUGGCGUGGUGGCAGAUUUUAACUAGAGUAUGCACUGUACUUACAGAUUAUACAAAAUAGGUUCUUAAUGGAGUAUUUAGGGUAGACAGAGCAUUUUUGCUUUGAAUACGAGGUGUAUUGCUCCCGUACAACAACCAUAUUCCAGCGGGGAACUAUUAAUAAUAGUUGCGCAAUUCGGUGUGUCGCAACUUCAGAGCAGACUAGAAUAUUUCUUACUAUAUUCAGUGGCGUGCACAAGGCUUUUAAUUAGGGUAUGCACUGUAAUUACAGAUUAUACAAAAUGGCAAACUUCUCCCCGGAUAUAGGUUCUUAAUCGAGAAUUUAGGGUAGCCAGAGCAUUUUUGCAACUAUGAAGUAUGAAGUGCACGACAUUGAUAAAGACAAGGAAAAAAAUUACUAUAUAGGGGUAGAAAAUUUUAGACUAUAUAGGGGUAGGUUUGAUGCGAUAUUGUAAUCAUUCGGCAUUCUGUGAUCAGCUAUAUUGAAAUUUUCAAGUUACUAGAAUAUUCUAAUCACACAAAGAUUUUAUGUGAGAGACAUAAUUUAUUAGAUUUCUUAAAAUAAAAUUCCAAUUUUCCUUCAAAAAAGAAAUUUUAAUCUUUAGAUUUUCAAUAUAAUAAUUGUGUACUUAGUAUUCUUUGAAAGAACACGGGCCCUUCUUAUUGGCGAUUUAAAAUUAUAUAUGGUGGAGUUACGAACAUUGAUAGUUAAAAGAAUUGUUACGGUCUUCUUUGGUUAGGCGUAACUAACGGACUCUAUCAAGUUACACAAUUACCCGGCUUUCGUAUUAUCAUUAACCUUUUUACAAUGGCUAUUACAGGGGCCUUAGCCAUGUGCUUCGAUUCUCUUUCUACAAACGCUAACGCUUCGAAAACUAACAAAAUGUAUGGGAAUGACAGACACGAUCGACAAUUUGAUCACGUGACCGUCGAUAGUGACUGGCAUUCGCAUAUUUUUUUUAAGUUAUCAAAGCGUUAGCGUUUGUAGAAAGAUAAUCGACGUGCCACAUAACUACAAGCCCAGGACCAUAAUAGAAAAGGUGAGCUUAGAACCACUAUGGUGCUUCUAUGCGGGUUCUUUAGGUCGAUAAUAUUUAACUGUGUAACAAUCACUCAGAUAUUAAAAUGAUAAUGACUGGGAUCUAUGCCAUAAUGUAAAUGAAGAAGAAUACAAAAUAUAUUCUAUUUAUAUAUUGAAAGUAUCUAAUUUUCUUGAUUUUUACAAAUAAAAAGUAUUAAAAAAGUCAUGCUCAUUGUUGUAGCAUUUGUUAUUACUGCCAGUCAUAAUAUAAUCAUCGAAUAUACGAAUUUAAAUUAUUAAGGGUCAGUUUCACCUUCCGAUAAAUGUCAGAUAAUCUAUAUUUUGCAUCGAUCUCCAAUUAAAAGUAGAUGUACAAUCAGCGACCAAAAAACGUCCCCAUUCAAUGAGUGCCAAACUCAACUUCUUGGCACUCAAUUCAAGUAAUCGCAUUUGCAAAUUCAACCUUAAACUCAAUCCUUAAGGUUGAAUUUGCUCUGAAUUUGGGAUUAUAUUGAAUAUUGGACUAUAUUUUAUCUUAUAAAGGCCUUCAGGUAUAAUUUUCUUUACCAAUAAUUCUAAGACUGUCUAAGCAAAAUUGGCCAGUUUUUAAGUGAAAUUUUCUACAUGAUUAUGGGUCCUUUUAUUAUAAAGGUCAAUGAUGUUUUGUCACUUUUUUUACUUUAUGUCCAACUAGCACAGUUUCCAUUACCGUGGGAAUACGGGGAUAAAAAAUAGCCCUCCUUAUGUUACUCCUUGAUAAUGUAGCUUUCUUUUAGUGAAAAAAAAUGUCGUGAAUAUGCUAUACACGUACACUGCAAUAUCAGACCCUUAUCUGAAGGUGGUGAAACUGACCCUUGUUGUGUAGUUCUGAAUAUUAGAAAAUAAUUUGAUAUUUAAUGUGAUUAAUAUUUAAUGUAAUUAUUGCAUCAAUUGGAAAUAUAAUUAAAACUAUUGGAGCUUAUUAGACUGAUUUAUUGUACCUAUUUGUAAAUGUUAUAUUAUAAGCUAUAUACAUAAUAUUUUGUUUUUAAUUGAAUUAGACAUUUCAUCACAUCUGCUAGUUACUAAAUAAACUUAAUUAAUAUUCGAAUAUU